AUCCGGGUCACCCGAAUACCCGCCCUUUUCCUUUGGAGUGCUCCCUUGCUCGACAAGAAGAACAGCUCCGCCUCAAAACAUCAAAAUCCCCCCGAAGAAAUUCUUUCCUGCUCAGCUCAGUUGUUUCUUGUUCAUUGAAAUUAAGGAUUUUGCGGCUGUAGUUUUUUUGGGUCGAAAAUGUUCCUCACAAGGACUGAGUAUGACAGAGGAGUGAACACUUUCUCUCCGGAAGGCCGAUUGUUUCAAGUCGAAUAUGCCAUUGAAGCUAUCAAGUUGGGUUCAACUGCUAUUGGAAUAAAGACUAAGGAAGGAGUGGUUCUUGCUGUUGAGAAGCGAAUCACGUCGCCACUUUUGGAGCCUAGCAGCGUUGAGAAAAUUAUGGAAAUUGAUGAACAUAUUGGUUGUGCCAUGAGCGGCUUAAUUGCUGAUGCACGUACACUGGUUGAACAUGCACGAGUCGAAACUCAGAAUCAUAGGUUCUCAUACGGUGAGCCCAUGACAGUUGAGUCCACUACACAAGCUCUCUGUGAUCUUGCCUUGAGAUUUGGUGAGGGGGAUGAAGAAUCAAUGUCAAGACCUUUUGGUGUAUCUCUUCUCAUUGCUGGUCAUGAUGAGAAUGGUCCCAGCUUAUACUACACUGAUCCUUCUGGCACAUUCUGGCAAUGUAACGCAAAAGCCAUUGGAUCAGGGUCUGAAGGUGCUGAUAGCUCUUUGCAAGAGCAGUAUAACAAGGAUUUAACCCUCAAAGAAGCUGAGACCAUUGCACUUUCCAUCCUGAAGCAAGUUAUGGAGGAAAAGGUUACACCCAACAAUGUUGAUAUUGCAAAGGUAUCACCUACUUACCAUCUUUACACCCCCACUGAAGUUGAAGCAGUUAUCACUCGUCUAUGAGAAGUCCAAUCUGUUUUUCAGACGUUUGCCUGUGAUCCACAUUCCAUUAUUCCAUGCUUGAACACGUUUGUAAGACUUAGAUAUUUUGCCAAUUUCAAAAUUAAACUGGGAAGCUGGUUUUUUCUCUGUCAACCUUCUUAUAUGCAUUGAAAAAUUAUAUCGACCUAUUUCUGUGGAUUUCUGGGCAUUCAUUGACCCAUUUUGUAUUUCA